ACUUCAUGGUGGCAAUUUCAAGCCUUCAUCGACAUGAUGGGAAUCUGAGAGAAGCUCACAAGUCCUCUGCACACAUUGCUUCCUUUUCAUCCUCUGGAUUUUCCUGUUUAUUUAGGUCCUCGAGGGGACCAGCAGAGCAAAUACAUGGACAGAACACUAGUGUUGCUUUUCAUCCUGGUUUCCCCGGGUGUGGCAGAGCCUGACGUUCCUCUGACAAAUUUAGAAACUAUCGCUGGGAAGUUGGUUUUCUACCAAACGGAUGGCAACGCCACCUAUCUGAGAGACACAGGAGAGCUGGCUUCAGACAUCCCCACCGAGACCAUGUUCCAACUUUCUGAUCCCCAGCAGAAUUUCAGCACGGCAAACUUCAGCUACACGUGGGAUUUAGGAAAUGGACAGGUAAUCCAAGGGAUCGAGCCUGUUGUCCGCUACAAUUACGCCUUGUCUGGAAACUACACACUCCGGUUGAAAAUCAGAGUCAAUAUAACUGAAUACACACCUCCAUUAACUGGAAUAUACUCCAAGGAUAUUCAAGUGCUUGAUGCCGUUAAAAGCAUCAAGUUGACAGGGCCUUUCGAUUAUGAGGUGUUUCAAAGAACCGGGCUGGCUUUCCAUGUGGACGGCAGCCCCCCCAUGUGGGUGUCUUGGCGCUUUGUGGCCAACUGCGUACCCGACGCGACGGGGGGCUGCACGCUGACCAUGUUGUACGGGAACACCUUGUGGCUCAACCACACCUUCACCACGGCCGGGGUUCACUGCUUGGACAUCAGCGUUCGAAAUGACAUCAGCAAGCUACAGACCUCCUUCAAUCUCUUUGUCAGGAAAAACAACAACACCAACAUACUCUUCAUCUUGUGUUCCGCUGCUAUUUUUGUGGCAACCUUCACUUUCAUCACAGUCAUCGCCUGCCAUCCUCGAUAUCAAAACAAAGCUCAGAUGGCAACACCCAGCAACGCUUUAUUCUUGAAAGGUCACGCUGAUGGCCAUAUUAUUUUAAAUCUGUUUCCUGCUCAGCGAGAAGAGAGACAACCUCUGUGGGUACAGGAUUACACACCCUAUUACGGUUAACCAAUCAUAUUUAUGAGUCCUUUUAUGUGACUGCCGGAGAUUUGGUAUGUUAUGAAAAAAAAAAAAAAAAGCAGUGUACAUAGUUGAACUGGAGCAAUUGUAUUCCUGUUUGAAUGAAUCAUUUAGUUAGCCACGUUGGUUCACCCGGCUCGUAGGUCCGGAAGUACCUUUGUAUUGCAUCUUGUGAGGACGAUCAAUUAGUGACCCACAGCGCUGUAGCAAAACCCAUUAUGAAUUAUUAACUUUCAUAAAGGUCAUUUUAUAGCACCCACUGUUCGUUUAGGCUCAAUGGGAAGUACAGUGCAUGUUUUUUCUUUUUUUUUUAUGUGUGCUUUUUUUUUGUGAAUUACUUUACAGUAAUUCUAGAAGUAUUGCUUGAUUAUUAUUUUUUUUACAAAAUAAAUACAGUGGAUCUGGUUAAAAAAUAAAUAAAAGGCUAUUAAUAAUAAAGUGACGAUGUCACUUGAGGACUUUU